GGUAAAAGAUUCCUAUUACGUAGUGGUUAUACCAGGCUUGUAGAUCGACUGUCUACCUUCCCUUGCAUCACCAUGUCGAACAAAGUAGAGAUUGAUGCGAAUGAAUAUCACAAGUUGCGCGUUGCAACAGUCCAAGAAUGGCGUCGAAACAAGACUGCCUACCCACAUAAGUUCACGACCAACAUGAAUAUUGAGGAAUUUAUCAACAAAUAUGAUCACCUCACUGCUGGUCAAUAUGUGGAAAACGAAGAGGUGCGCAUUGCAGGUCGCAUUACUCGUAUGGCCUCCAGUUCUUCGAAAUUGCGUUUCUACGAUGUGCGCUCCAACGGUGUAAGAUUGCAGGUUUUCGUAAACUACGAAUACCACAAUGCUAGCAGUGGCGAUUUUAUGGAAAUACACAACUCAUUGAAACGUGGUGAUGUUGUGGGUAUCGUUGGUUUCCCAGGCCGUUCUAAGAGGGGCGAGCUUAGUAUAUUCUUGCGCGAAGUUCGCCUGCUUACACCUUGCUUACAUAUGCUUCCCGAUAAAUCUGGUCUCAAGGAUCCGGAUACAAGGUUCCGUCAGCGUUAUUUGGACAUGAUAAUGAAUGAAGAUGCAAUGAACGUUAUGUUUACCCGUUCUCGUAUAGUAUCAUAUACUCGCAACUUCUUCAGUCAACGUGGUUUCAUGGAGGUUGAAACUCCAACUCUUAAUGUACAGUGUGGUGGAGCUUCAGCGCGCCCCUUCAUCUCACAUCACAACGACCUGGACAUUGAUUUGUUCCUACGCGUAGCUCCUGAGUUGCCCUUGAAAAUGAUUGUUGUUGGUGGUUUUGAAAAGGUCUUCGAGAUUGGCAAGUGCUUCCGCAACGAGGGCAUCGAUAUGACUCACAACCCCGAAUUCACUAGUUGUGAGUUUUACUGGGCAUAUGCUGAUUACAACGACCUGAUACAAUUGACUGAGGAGUACCUUAGUUCACUGGUUCUUGAAUUGCAUGGUGGCUAUACUCUCCCUUACCAUCCAGAUGGCCCUGAAGGACCCGAGAUCAUUUUGGACUUCAAGCCACCGUAUGAUCGCAUUUCACUAAUCGAUGCGCUUAAGCAAGGUACUGGUAUCGAUUUCGUCCCACCUUACAACUCGGAUGAAAACUGUGAGAAGUACCGUGAAGCCAUCAAGGCAGCUGGACUCGAAAUGCCUAAACCUGCUACACCCGCCAAGUUGUUGGACAAGCUUGUAGGCCACUAUAUAGAAGACCGCAUUGGCAACCGUCCUGCUUUUAUAAUGGACCAUCCACAGUGCAUGUGUCCCUUAUCUAAAUGGCACCGUUCUAAGGAGGACCUAUGUGAGCGUUUCGAGCUCUUUGUUUGCGGCCGUGAACUCAUCAAUGCAUACACUGAGCUCAACGACCCAUUCAAGCAGCGCGAAUGCCUCCAAGAACAGAGCAAGGCUAAGAGCAUGGGUGACGACGAAGCCCAGGAUGUUGAUGAAGGUUACUGCGUUGCUCUUGAAUAUGGGCUACCUCCAACUGCCGGUUGGGGUGUUGGUCUCGACCGUCUAACCAUGUUUAUGAGCGACCGCAACAACAUUAAGGAAGUUCUCUUCUUCCCUACGAUGAAACCACUGCCUACUAACACUCCAUCUUCUGGAUCUAAAUCCGGUAGUACUGCCACUGAAAAGGAGGCUGAAUCAGCUAGUACCGCCUGCCCCGCGCCUUCCACUCCAAGUGAGGCCGCCGAGUGAAA